CACCUGCGUCUUGUCGCGCGUCGAUGACGUCAGUGCGACGUUUCCAUCAUGGCAGCGGAGGGCUGUGAGGAGAUGAGCGGCAACGGGGAGCUCGCUGAGUCCUCAGCCAUGGAGGUGUCUGAGGUUCCUAUGCCGCCACCAGCUGAGAUGGAGGAGAUGUCAGGAGAAAACGGCGGUGCCGCUGAGGCACCUGAAGCCUCGGCAGGCCCUGAGCCUGUUCCCUUCUCCAUGCCCCAAGCUGCAGAGGACGAGGAGGGAGAACUGCCUGCAGACUUUGAGCGACUGUGGAAGGCUGCCCAAGAUAAUCCUCAAGACUUCACCUGCUGGACCGACCUUCUACAGUACUGUGAGCAAGAGGGUCACAUUACAGCAUCACGCAGAGCACUAGAGGCUUUCCUUGCUCGCUACCCCCUCUGCUACGGCUACUGGAAGAAAUUUGCUGAUCUGGAGCGUCGUGCCGGGUAUAAAGACAAAGCAGAGGAGGUGUGUGUUCAAGGUCUCAAGGUGAUCCCUCUAAGUGUAGAUCUGUGGAUCCACUACAUCAAUCUGCUGCUGGGAACACUGGACAUGAACCUGUAUGAUUCACCUACACGUAUUCGAAGUGUGUUUGAGGAUGCGGUGGCAGCGUCAGGUCUGGACUUCCACUCAGACAGGCUCUGGGAUCUUUACAUCGAGUGGGAGAAGGAACAGGGGAACAUGAGGAACGCAGCAGCCGUCCUAGACAGAGUCCUCAAAGUCCCCACCCAGCUCUACAACACCCACUAUGACAAGUUCAAGGAACACUUGAACGGCCACGAGCCCAAAGAGGUGCUUACCCAGGAGGAGUACGAGGAGCUGAGGACAUAUUGUCGUCAGAGUCAGAAGGCAGAGCGUGCUGAACAGGCCCAGGAGGAGGAGGAGGAGAGACCACCGGGGGAGGAGGAGCCUGCUACACCAGAGGGCACAGACACUGAGGAACUGAUGCAGAAGAUCAGGGAACAAGUGCUGCUUCGAAGGGACAAAGUGUACCAGGACAACGAAGGAGAAGUCCGCAAGAGAUGGAACUUUGAAGAUGCUAUUAAACGCCCAUACUUCCACGUCAAGCCACUAGAUCGGCUUCAGCUGCGGUCAUGGCACUCAUAUCUGGACUGGGAGAUUGCUCAGCUGAACAAGGACACUAAAGACACUACUUCAGAUCAAAACGAGGCAGCUACAGAGGAGUCAGAGGUCACAGCCCAGCCACAGGAGGGAUCAGAGGAUUCUGGGGUUGCCCAUGACGACCACAGGGUUCGGAUCCUCUUUGAGCGCUGCCUAAUCGCCUGCGCUCUGUAUGAGGAGUUCUGGAACAGGUACACUCAAUACCUGGAGGCUCAGAGUGUGGACGAGGCACGGGCUGUUUACAAACGAGCCUGUGAGAUCCACUUGACAUACAGACCCAACAUCCACAUGCAGUGGGCCACCUUUGAGGAGAGGCACGGUGACCUAACAGAGGCUCGGCGAGUGCUGGAGGCCCUGGAGAAAACCCUGCCUGGGUUGGCAGUCGUCCGCCUUCGCAGGGCCGCUUUGGAAAGACGAGAUGGUCAGCUGGACCAAUCGGAGGCCUUGCUUCAGGAAGCGGUGGCAGAGUCCAAGGAGAAUCCCACGUUGCACGCUUUCUACUCAAUCAAACUGGCUCGUCUGCUGCUGAAGGUGGGCAGGAACCCCAGCAGAGCCCGCGGGAUCUUACAGGACGCUCUGGAGAUCAGUCCGGACAAUGACAAACUGCACCUGAACUUGUUGGAGCUGGAGGUGUCGGGGGACCCCUGGGCCUCCACUGAGGCGGUGCAGGAGUGUGUGACGCGAGCUCUCGCAGCUCCCCUGGCCCCACACACCAAGAUCCUCUUCUCACAGAGAGGUCUGCAGUUUGCAGAGGACUACAGCAACUCUAUUCAAAGUGUGCUGUCUAUGUAUGAAGAGCACCAGAAACUUCUAAAGGAGCUGGGUGGAACAAAAAGAGGAGCAGAGAACGGGGACGAGGACCCAGAAAAGCUCAGCACUGGCGAUGACGGCUCUGCUGCUGAUGUGUCUGAACAAGUCCCACCUACCAUGCCGCACGUCCCCAUCACUACACCUCCUCCUCCUGUGAUGGGCGCCGACAUGAGUGCACAGGCCGGCUAUGGAGCAUACAGCAGCUGGUACCAGCAGCCACAGUACGGUAGCUAUGGUUACCAGAACACCUGGAACUACAACCAGGGCUACUAUCCUCCCAGCUAAAAGAGUUGACAGUGUUUUGGACACUAAAUCAGUUGGACCUGGGAAGAUUUCUCAGCUGAACAUCAAACUGAACUUUACAGUGCUGCAGGUCCACCUGCUGGAAAAAAAAAAACAUCCCAGCAUCCUUUCCUCACCGUCCUUCCUCUGAAAAACCUCACUGUCCUGGAUUUUUUUUUUUU